CCUUCAAAGGAAAUACUGCCUGCAGGCUCUUCAGUCAACAAGUAAUGCUGGGUGUCAUGACCGCGAAGAAGUUGGAUCUAUCCAAGCUCACUGAUGAGGAGGCCAGUCAUGUAUGGCAGGUUGUUCAGCGAGACUUCUACCUGAGGAAGAAAGAGGAAGACAGGCUUGGGGAUCUUAAGACCAAGAUUAAGAGAGAAGACUCAAAGAAAGAAUUUUUGGGCCAUCAGACGUGGCUGACCGAGUCUUACUGUAUCCGCUGUCUCAAACCCUUCAAGUUCCUGGUCAACAGCAAGCGCCAGUGUCUGGACUGUCAGCUGUACAUCUGCAAAGCCUGCAGUCGUUACAAUAUGAGACAGAAUGGCUUUGUGUGUGAUUCCUGCCACAUGACCAGGGUCCUCAAGAUUGGCACACUGGAAUGGUAUCACGAGAAUGUGCGGGCACGCUUUAAGCGCUUCGGCAGCGCCAAGGUGAUGCGAUCACUCUUCAAGAGACUGAGUGGAAAACACACAUACUCUUCUGAUGAUGAUGCUGAACCUCUUGGAUUUGAAGACAGUCGCAUGGAUGCCACUGAUUCACAACAUUAUAAUCAGAUGAAAAAAAACAAAAGGCGUCUAACUGUGGACCCUGUUGAUUUUCAUCUGGAUUGCGGCAUCAGAUCAAGGCGACUAUCUAAUCAGGAGCAAAGCAAAAGUCUGGAUUUCAAUAUGGAUGUUGUGUCUGAUCGUGGAUUGACCCCACAACAAGAUGACCCUGUGUACUCCGACCACCCGACUGUUCCGUCUCGCUCCAUGUCCCGACUCAGCUACUCUUCAUGUGGCAGUGGGAGUGCUGGAGGCCCUUGGGGCACCAGUUGCUAUGCUGUAGGCCCUGAUGACUCAGAGGAGGACCCAGUCUUCCAGUCCCAUUUGAGACCAUUUAAUCACAUUUCCCAGGAGAGCCUCAACUACCCGAACCCCCCACCACAGAUCACUGACCUGGACAGACGAAUGUCAGCUAUAGAGACUCUGUUAAACCGCUUGCAGAUCACUUUGACCUCCAAUCAGACUAAGGAAUCUCCUCGGGUUCCAGACAAAGCGUCUCCUCCUCAUGGGUGGGAGAAGGUCGACAUUGAGGAGCAUCAACUAAGACUAAAACUGAAUGAAAUGACAUGUGACAUAAGCGACCAUAGCCUGAGUUCUGAUGAAGAGGAGUCCAACCUCCAAAAGAUGGCAGCAGCAGUAGCAACAAAUCAAGAGGGAGACAAAGCACUCACCAGAACACCUUCCAGACCCACUUCGAGAGCAAGCAUUGUGCUCCCCAGAUUGACAGAGCUGAACCCUCAGCUGUCAGACUCUGACAAGAGAAACUCUUCAAUUGAGAGCGUGGAAAAUAAGUGUCACAUCCACGAGGAGGAGUCCAAGUCAGACUUUAAAGGUUCAACAGCCUUACUGUUUGAACUGGAGGACAAGAUAGCCCAAGCUGCUGCUGAUGUGCAGAAUACACUCACUCAGGUGUCUUAUAUUGAGAACAGGAUUGCUGCUCUGAACACUGCUGGCAUGCCAGUGGACAAAAGGCUGAAGUCUGGAAUCACAAACCAAACCAGAAGACUUUCCCAAAACUUUCCCACAAAAAGCAGUCAACAAGCAGGACUCGUAAGGAGGAGACUGAGCCUGAUGUGAGACAGUCCAAAUUCCUCAUUCGACUCAAGUCGAUUUCGACUCAACUUUUAUCCAGUAACAUUUCAUGCUCCCACAAUGUCCAGUUAAUCCACAAAUUAACCUAAAAAUGGUAUACUGUAUUGAAUAGAAUUAUACUUACAAAUGUAUUAUUUCUUAGAUCUUACAUAGUAACGCAUGCAGUAUCUCUCAGUGACUACUGUACAUUGCUACCAUUUGAGCAACCACUUUAUUAUAUCUUCUCAAUGGACAAUUCAAAGGAAAUGAAACUUGGAUAUACUCCAGAGCAGUCUAGUACAGGUUAUAUACAAUGGGGGGGGAGUAUUUCAUACUAAGACAACGCAGUAUUUGACUGUGUUGGCCAACACACUAAACACUAGACCACCGUGCAGCCCAUAUAUAUAUAUGUAUAUAUGAAUAUAUGCAUAUAUAUAUAUAUGAAAAUAAAGGAUAUAAAUGAAUUUCUGUCUGAUUGAGUGAAAUCAUCAUUUGAUCCUUUACCAACCACAGACCGAUUAUGUGUCCCUGAAACACACAAAUGAGUCCUGUCCAUGUCCUUUCGGAAAGUACUCCUAAUCUUAACACAUUAUGUGGAUAAACGACAAAUGCCACAGAAACAGUCUUUUCCAUUCAGACCUCUCCACCACCACGGGCAAGACCAAAGAGCUGUAAAAGGACAUCAGGGACAAAAAUGUAGACCUGCACAAGACUGGAAUGGACAACAAAACUUUUGAUGCCAUUACUGGUUGGACGAUAUUAUCGGACAUCGCUACAUUUUUGGAAAUUAAAUUUGUACAUGUUCACUGUAUUGUCCCUUGAGAAGAUGUAAUUAAAUGGUAGGUGAAAAGUGAGCGGUGUGAUAUCAUAUCUAAAUAUGUCUGCUUUUUUAUUUAGCACAUUGGAAUGGCACUGAUUUUUCACUGAUUUAUGUCUUGUGUUAACACACAUAUGAUGGAAGUAAAUUUUUGCUGAAAAUGUUCAGCAAUUAACCAAUGUUUGUUUUUCUGCUUCAGUUGGUUGAAAAUGAAUUUCAAGUCAGUACUGGCAUUGCUAUAUGGUGACCCUUGUGUGUAACCACGGUUCUAAAAAUACAUUUGUCUGAAUGCUUGGGUCACGUCAAACAUGAUUUGCGAAAGUGGUGGGUCUAUUUACCUGAUUAGAUUAUAU